AUGCCACGAAGACCCAUCUCAAAGUGCGAUCAUAAGUUUGUCUGUUUGUCUUCCUCUCCUCAUGCUGCCGUAGCAGGUUUUAGGAGACAAAGCCAACGGCAACGUCUCGCUGCGAUAAAAGCAGACAACCGAAGCUUUCCACGAGAAGACAAACUCUUCCUUGAAGAAGAUGACAGUGCUUUCCCUGCCCCUCUGUUACUUCCUGGAGAUGAUCUUGCCGGAGAUCCAGAAGACCCUCAGAGCUUUCAAAAAUGGCUUGAUGGAGAACACCGUAAUCUGGUAACCGAAAAGCAAAAAACAGUGUACCUCGUUCCAUCUCCUCAAACUGACGCAGAUGUUGACUUCAUGCGAUCAUGGACAACACCAAAAUGUCCAGGCAAUGAGCCUUCCAUAGAGCCUCCUAGUACGAAGGACGUCCAGGACUAUCUGACUGCCUUCUAUCAUGGUCUUCCUGUCAAGAUGAUGCCGCCAUCUACCUUGCGGUUUAUUCCAUGGGAAGAACCCAAAAGAAGAUCCCAGAAGAAGAUAGGCCCCCAAUAUCUGGGUCUAAAAUUUGGCAAUGAGUGCGUGCGGAUUCGCUCACGUACCUUGUCAAAUGGGGUAUAUGGGGGCCAAGUCAAUCUAGACGACCUUCUCGAUACUGCGAUUAGCAUUUUACCGAAAGAUGCUUAUGCCCUCUUGAUACUCGUGGACUUUGAUCUAUAUGAGGACGAGGAUGACGAGUUUGUAUGUGGCCGUGCAUACGGAGGAAGUCGCGUUGCAGUGGUGUCCAGUGCAAGAUACAAUCCCAGACUGGAUAUUCCUCAAGGUGUCGAGCGUCUCCAUGCAUGGCCUGCGUCACAUUGUGAGAAAUACCUGUCUGCAUGUUCUUCGACAGAACCAAGUGCCAAAAGACGCAAAGGAUCCCAGGCCAAUAGCCGAGGAUCACAAAAUUCGACGUCGGAGCUAAACGGACCUGUGAAGGAUGCAGUUUCGGUCUACCGCUCCCUCCCCGAGGUAGAUUCAUCGCCUUCAUUGCUUUCUGCCCUCUGGUUGGGUCGUGUUUGUCGGACGGCGAGCCAUGAAUUGGGGCACUGCUUCGGUAUUGCUCAUUGCGUGUACUACGCGUGCUCAAUGCAAGGCACCGCGUCUAUCUGCGAGGAUGCAAGACAGCCGCCUUAUCUAUGUCCGGUCGAUCUGGCGAAGCUUCUCUGUGCCACCUCCACGUCUGCGUCUCAGCGAUAUCAGGCUCUGUUGGAGUUUUGCGAGCGGCUGGGUAAUAUUGAUACACAUUUCUUCGGACCGUUUGCUACUUGGAUCCGAAGUAGACUAGGCCAGAUCAAGGAUUCAAUUUGA